AUUGAUUUUUCUCAUAUAGUUAUAGUGUAAUCUUGAAAUAAGCUUCUUCUAGUACUUCUAUACAUUUUUUCAAAACAAAUACUUUCAGUUUGUAACCUCUUAUUAGAUGCACGAGUUUUGCAAGUCCACAUGGCUAAUUCAGUGAUACCAAUUGUUGAUCUCUCUCCUUUCUUCAGACAAGGAGAUAAAGAUGGCAAGAGAAAGGUGAGAGAAGUGAUAGACGAAACGUGUUCUCGAUAUGGUUUCUUCCAAAUUAUCAAUCAUGGGGUGCCUUUGGACUUAAUGAGCCGUGCCCUGAAACUAUCAAAAAUAUUCUUUGAGUCUUCAGUUGAAGAGAAAAUGAAUUGUUCUCCAUUGCCAGGGUCACCUUUUCCUGCUGGCUAUAAUAGAAAACCAAAUCCAUCUUAUGAGUUUGCAGAGUUCUUGGUUAUGCUUCAACCUGGAUCCAACUUCAAUGUUUUUCCUUCUAAUCAUUCACAUCUCCGAGCAGUAAUGGAAGAUUUAUUCGAUCAAUUUGUGAAGAUUGGAGCAAUUUUAGAGAGCAUACUGAGUGAAUCCUUGGGUCUACCUCUUAGCACUUUCCAAGAAUUUAACAAUGACAGAAAUUCAGAUGUGUUGACAGCUCUAUAUUACUUACCAGCAACAGAGAAGGAAAAGAUGGGAAUAAGUUCACAUAGAGAUGUUGGAUGCAUAACAUUUGUGUUACAGGAUGAAAUUGGAGGACUUGAAGUUCUAAAGGAUGAUAAAUGGAUCCCUGUAACUCCAAAGGAGGGUGCCCUUGUUGUCAACAUUGGUAUUAUUCUUCAGGUGCUGACAAAUAACAAAUACAAGAGUCCAAAUCAUAGGGUGGUGAGACCCAACGGAAGAUCAAGAAAUUCAUUUUCAUUCUUCUAUAAUAUAUCAGGGGGAAAAUGGGUUGAACCACUUCCAGAUUUCACUAAGCAGAUUGCUGAGAAACCCAAGUAUAAGGGAUUUUUUUACAGUGACUAUUUGCAAAAGCGCAAGGAAAAUAAGCUCAAGCGUACUUCUGGACUUGAAGACGAUCUUGGCUUAUCUCAUUUUUCACUCACUGUAUAAAAGAUCAUUUAUGUGUCUCUUAUCAAGCAUUGUUUCUCUUCAUUUCCAUAUGCUUUUUAACUUUCUAAAUUUGUACACAUUUGCCUAGUCUCCCCUUGAUGAUAUGGCAAUAUUUUAAAGCCCUUUGUUGACAAAUGUCUUAAACAAAAGCAUGUGGCAGCCCGUCUAGAAGCUAUGAGAUAAAUAGCAAGAAACUUUUGAAAAAUGGCAUUUGCCACGUUCUUUCCUCUCAGCAUAUGGAUCCAUGCACAUGUGCCUAUAAAUAGGCUCUCAAUAUAGACAAGAAAA